UCGCUCUCUCCCUCUCUCGCUCUCGCUCUCUGGGACCCAAACUUGUUUCAGGAAAAAGCGCCUGCACAUAUUUUCUCUCUGAAGAAACAGGACGGCCGUGUCCGUGCCAAAGGAGAAGGCGUAAACUUCCUCCAAACAUUUCCUCCGCCAUCUCCGCUUUCGAGCAUUUUGUGGAAUCGUUUGUAGCGAGAGGAGUUUUUUUAUUAUCUGGUUUUUCCACCUCCGACAGCACCUGGUUGUUUCUCUUUUAACACGGACUCCUACUUCCUUUCCUCAAACAUCUGAAUUGUGCGGACAUGGACUGGGGAACAGAUCUGUGGGACCAGUAUGAUCACAUCGACAAGCACACGCAGUCGGGCCUGGACCUGGUGGAGCGCUACAUAAAGUUUGUGAAGGAACGGACAGAAAUAGAGCAAGGCUACGCCAAACAACUCAGGAAUCUAUCAAAGAAAUAUGCCAAACGAGGGGGCAAAGAUGAGCAGGACUGCAAAUUCAGCAAUCACGCCUCCCUCCAGGAGAUCCUGAACGAGCUGAACGAUUACGCCGGCCAACGGGAGCUCAUCGCUGAAAAUAUGAUGACCGGCAUUUGUGUGGACCUCACCAAGUACCUCCAGGAUCUCAAACAGGAGCGCAAAACACACCUGGCUGAUGCCAAGAAGGCCCAGCAGAAUUUAGAGAUCAGCUUUAAACAACUAGAAAGUACAAAGAAGCGCUUUGCCAAGGAGUGGGCAGAGACUGAGAAAGCCACUCAACAAGCCGAGAAAACGGAGAACGACGUCAACGCCACCAGGCUGGAUGUUGAAAAAGCCAAGACACAUGCCCAUGGCCGCACACACACGGCGGAGGAGUGCAGGAACGACUAUGCUGCACAGCUCCAGAAAUACAACAAGGAACAAAACUUCUUCUACUACACGGAGAUACCGCAGAUCUUCAAUAAAAUGCAGGACAUGGAUGAGCUGAGGAUUCGGCGGAUGGCGGAGGGAUACUGCCAGUUUGCAGACAUCGAGAAGAAAGUGCAGCCCAUCAUCUCAAAGUGUUUAGAAGGGAUUUCCACCGCAGGAGGGAAAAUUAAUGAAAAACAGGACUCGAUGCUGUUCAUAGAGCAGCACAAAUCUGGUUUCGAGCGACCUGCAGAUGUUGAGUUUGAAGACUACACCCAGGGAAUCAAAUCAGCCACCUCUGAGUCCAGCCUCAACCCUCCUAAAGUGCGCGCCAAGCUCUGGCCUUUCAGCAAGAAGACCAAGAUAUCGCAAGCUGAAAAGCACAUGCCACCUCUUGCAGAAGAUUUCUCUCACCUUCCCCCGGAGCAGAGGAAGAAGAGGCUGCAGUCGAAGAUUGACGAAAUCUCUAAAGAGCUGCAAAAGGCGCUGGACCAAAGUGAGGCACUGGAGAAGAUGAAGGGUGUCUACGAGCAGAAUGCGCAGAUGGGAGACCCCUCCAGUCUGGAGCCUCAGAUCUCAGAAACGUCUCAAAACAUCGGCCGCCUGAGGGGGGAGCUCGCCAAAUAUGAGACGUGGCUGUCGGAAGCAGUGGGAGGAGAGGAGUCUUCCAACGCCAUCAACAAUAAUACUCAACACACUGGUGUAGCAGCUGAACAGCCUCAGAAUAUCUACCUAGAGUUUGAUGACGACUUUGAUGACGUAGAAACUCCUGUUGGCCAGUGCAUGGCCCUGUACACUUUUCAAGGCAACAGCGAAGGCACCAUUUCCAUUACCGAGGGUGAGAUGUUGAGUGUAAUGGAGGAGGAUAAAGGAGACGGAUGGAUGCGAGUACUUAGAGCCGGUGGAGAAGAGGGCUAUAUUCCUUCAUCCUAUGUGAAAUAGCCCCAUAACACACACACACACACACACACAUACACAUACACAUACACAUACACAUACACAUAUACAUACAUACACUCACACACACACACACACUUUUGAUGAAAAUCAAGUUCAGAGCCAGAGGUGAAUACAAAGUCAUCCAUGAUAAUUGGAGCUUUUCUCUACAUCUUUUAUCUCAGCCGGUGACGUGUCUGGCGAGAUGAGCGAGUGAUUAGGAAGCUUGUUAUCGAGGCUGAUUGCAAUAUAAUAAAGUCCAUGUCUCUACUCGCUGCUGCAGGGGAGGCCGUCUCUAAACUCAGACCGUCUGAUCUUUAUAGACUUCAGCUCUUUUAAAUCCAAACUUUUGAAUGUAUAGCUGAACUUUUUGUCACAGCGUUAAGUGAUAACUCUUGUAACAUAUUCAGCAUCACAGUAGCAUGACGCUACUUUUCUUUAUGGUGAUAUAUCCAUUCACUUGACUUUCCCACUGCCAUCUCUAAUAACCUGCUGAGCAUUUUUCAUUUUGUAACACCGGCCCUCUGCUUAAACCUCUCUCCUGACAGGAUAAUGUGAGUUUUUCUUUUUAUCUUUUUUAUGUUUUAUGACUAAUAACUGGACGAAAACCACUACUCCUAUAGGGAGUGAACACAAUAAGGUCUGUCACAGUAAAGGAUA